ACCGCUUUCCAGUUGAUUUUUUUUUUACUGAAUAACGGCUCUCGACGACACCGAGGAGGGGGGAGACUCGGUCGGACUGGCGGGAGAGAGAAGUGCCGUGGCUCGAGCCCGCUCUCCGCAACGAUGUCCCAAUUCGUUAUCGCCUUACUCACCAUAUCGGGAUUAUUUUCACACAUCGAGCCCCUGGUCGCCUCGGACUCGGCGGAAGACGCCAUCCUGUGCGAUGUAGGGGAGUUUCACUGUCAUGACCAGCUCACCUGCGUGCCCGAGAACUGGCUCUGUGACGGCGAGCCCGACUGCUCCGACGCCUCGGACGAGACAGACACCAGUUGUCAGCGGGAGGUGGUGAUCAGAUGCCCCCUGAACCACUUCCAGUGCAUCGGGACCAGGAAAUGUAUCCACUUCAACAAACUGUGCAACGGGGCCCGGGAUUGCGACGACGGCUACGAUGAAGGAGUGCACUGUCGAGAGCUCCUGUCAGCGUGCCACGAGCUCCGGUGUCGCUACGGCUGCGUCAUGACGAGGAACGGCACCUUCUGCUUCUGUGCCGACGGCUUCGAGGUGGGAGAUGACGGCACCAGCUGUAGAGAUCAUGAUGAAUGUGCCGUGUAUGGCGCAUGCAGCCAAACCUGCAUGAACACCUACGGGUCGUACAGAUGCAGCUGCACGGAGGGAUACAUCCUGCAGCCUGACAGGGUCUCCUGCAGAGCCAAACAAGACGCCGGAGACAGCCCCCCCGUGCUGCUGCUGAGUGGACCGGACCGCAUCGCCAUCACCCAGCUCAACGGCUCGGGGCUGCAGCCGCUGCGCUCGCUGGACGCCAACGGGAGCCUGGCGCUGGACUUCCGGCACGCCGCCGGGACGGCCUGCUGGGUGCUGGCCGGCGAGACCUCCGGACAGCUGCGCUGCGCCAAGAUGAGGAACCUGAGGGGCUUCACGCAGGAGCAGGAGAUCAAGACCCUGCACAGCAUGCAUAACGUGGAAUACAUGGCUAUAGACUGGCUGACGGGCAACUACUACUUCGUAGACCGCGUCAGCGACAAGAUCUUUGUGUGCACCUCUGCUGGGGAGACAUGCGUCACCAUCCUGCACCUGGACCUGGUGAAUCCUAAAGGAGUGGCCCUGGAUCCUCUCAUGGGGAUGCUGUUCUUCACCGACUACGGGAACGUGGCCAAGCUGGAGCGCUGCAACAUGGACGGCACCAACCGCACGCGGCUGGUGACGGAGCACGUGGAGCAGCCCACAGCCGUGGCGCUGGACCUGGUGAGGAAGCUGGUGUACUGGGCCGACGCCUACCUGGACUACGUGGACGUGGUGGACUACCACGGGGGGAACCGGCACACCAUCAUCCAGGGGAGCCAGGUCUCAUACAUUUAUGGAUUAACCGCGUUCGAGGACUACCUGUACCUGUGCUCCCGCUCCGAUCCAUCCGAGGGGACCGUCGCCACAUCAGAGCUGAUGCAGAUCCAUAGGUUCAACCUCACCUCCGAGCCCAAGACGCUGGCAGGCUUGGGGAGCGCCAGAGGGAUCCGUGUUUACCACGCGCUCGCUCAGCCCAAAGUCCGGAACCACGCGUGUGAGACGGACGCGUACGGAAAGCCCGGGGGAUGUUCCCACAUCUGCCUGCUGAGUGGCAGCUACAAGUCCAGGUCCUGCCGCUGUCGCACGGGCUACAGCCUCGGAGCCGACGGACAGUCUUGCAAAAAGCCCAAAAACGACCUCUUCCUGUUCUACGGGAAGGGGCGUCCAGGGGUCAUCCGAGGCCUGGAUCUCAACGUCAAGUCGAGCAACGAACACAUGGUGCCGAUCGAGGACCUGGUCAACCCGCGGGCCAUCGACUACCACGCCGAGUCGGGACACGUCUACUUCGCCGACACCACCAGCUUCCUGAUUGGCCGGCAGAAGAUCGACGGCUCGGGGCGGGAAACGAUACUCAAAGAUGAUCUGGACAACGUGGAGGGCAUCUCGGUGGACUGGAUCGGUAACAACCUGUACUGGACCAACGACGGCUACAGGAAAACCAUCAGUGUGGCCCGACUGGAGACGGCCUCGCAGACCAGGAAAACCCUUCUGGAAGGGGACAUGUCCCAUCCCAGAGCCAUCGUGGUCGACCCCCUAAACAGCUGGAUGUACUGGACGGACUGGGAGGAGGACGAGGUCAACGACAGCAUCGGGCGCAUCGAGCGAGCGUGGAUGGACGGGUCCAACCGGAGCAUCUUCGUCACCUCCAACAUGCUGUGGCCCAACGGCCUGACGCUGGACCACGGGACCAGCACCAUGUACUGGUGUGACGCGUACUACGACCACAUCGAGAGGAUACACCUCAACGGCACCGGCAGAAUGGUGGUGUACAACGGCAAGGAGCUGAACCACCCGUUCGGGAUCUCCCACCACCGGGACUCCAUCUUCUGGACGGAGUACAUGAACGCCUCGGUGUUCCAGCUGGACCUGGCCUCGGGGGACGUCACCCUGCUGCGCAGCGAGCGUCCCCCGCUCUUCGGCCUGCGGGUCUACGACGCCCCCAGCCAGCAAGGUGACAAUGCAUGCAAGGUGAAUUAUGGAGGCUGUGGUACCCUCUGCCUCGCCAUCCCAGGAGGCAGAGUCUGCGCCUGUGCUGACAACCAGCUUCUGGAGAAGAACAAUGUCACCUGUGCAGUCUCCACUGGGGGUGUGGAGCCCCAACAAUGUAAGAGCGAUGAGUUCAAGUGCCUGAACCACCGCUGCAUCCGUGCCUCCUGGAAGUGUGACGGGGACGACGACUGUCUGGACGGGAGUGACGAGGAGGCCCACCGAUGCUACAACCACAGCUGCCCCAUUGAACAGUUCAAGUGCAACAACAACCGCUGCAUCCCCAAAAGAUGGCUGUGUGAUGGUACAAACGACUGUGGUAACAAUGAGGAUGAGUCCAACGUAACAUGCUCAGCCCAGCCCUGCCAGGCAGACCAGUUCUCCUGUCAGAACGGCCGCUGCAUCCCCCAGGCCUGGAGCUGCGACCGCGACGACGACUGUGGAGACAAGUCAGACGAAACGUCCUCCUGCGCCUUCCCCACGUGUGAACCGCUGACUCAGUUCAGUUGCUCCAACGGCAGAUGCGUCAGCGCCAAGUGGCACUGUGAUUCAGAGGACGACUGCGGGGACGGGAGCGACGAGAAGGGGUGCGUCCACUCCUGCUCCAACAACCAGUUCCGCUGCUCCAGCGGCCGCUGCAUCCCAGACCACUGGGCCUGCGACGGGGACAACGACUGCGGGGACUUCAGCGACGAGAACACCACCUGCGGAGGCUCGUCAGCCAUCUUCCCGCCCGCCAUCGAGUGCAGCGGCGAGGAGUUCCACUGCGUGGUGGACGGCACGUGCAUUCCCGAGCGCUGGAGGUGCGACGCCGACAAGGACUGCGACGACGGCACCGACGAGAGCGGCUGCGAGGGAACCAAGAGGAUGUGCGACCCCAAGGCCAAGUUCACCUGCAAAGACACCGGGAAGUGCAUCACCAAGAGCUGGGUUUGCGACGGCGAUAUCGACUGCGAAGACCGCUCGGACGAGGAGUCCUGCGAGACGUCCGUCUGUAAGCCGCCCAAGUACCCGUGCGCCAACGACACCUCGGCUUGCCUCACGCCCGACAAGAUCUGCAACGGCAAGGUGGACUGCGCCGACCGCUCCGACGAAGGGCCCAUCUGCGACAGGUGCCUGGUGGCGCGCGGCGGCUGCAGCCACCAGUGCACCGUGGCCCCGGGGAAGGGCGUGGUGUGCUCCUGUCCCCCGGGCCUCCACCUGGACGCCGGCAACAAGACCUGCGAGGCGGUGGACUACUGCAGCCGCCACCUGCGCUGCAGCCAGGUGUGUGAGCAGUACAAGACCACCGUCAAGUGCUCCUGUCGCCCCGGCUGGAGACUGGACCCGGACGGAGACACCUGUCACAGCACGGAUCCCUUCGAGGCAUUCAUCAUUUUCUCCAUCCGCCACGAGAUAAGAAGGAUAGACCUGCACAAGCGGGACUACAGCCUGCUGGUGCCGGGCCUGAGGAACACCAUCGCCCUGGACUUCCACUUUAAUCACAGCCUGCUGUACUGGACCGAUGUGGUGGAGGAUAAGAUCUACAGGGGCAGGCUCUCCGAGACCGGCGGGGUGUCUGGCAUCGAGGUGGUGGUGCAGCACGGCCUGGCCACGCCCGAGGGCCUGGCGGUGGACUGGAUCGCGGGGAAGCUGUACUGGAUCGACAGCAACCUGGACCAGAUCGAGGUGGCCAUGCUGGACGGGGAGAUGCGCGCCACGCUGAUCGCCGGCGGCAUGGAGCACCCGCGCGCCAUCGCCCUGGACCCGGGUCAAGGGAUCCUCUUCUGGACAGACUGGGACGCCACCUUCCCCCGCAUCGAGGCGGCCUCAAUGAGCGGCGAAGGCCGCCACAUUGUGUUCAAGGACAUGGAGAUCGGGGCCUGGCCCAACGGACUGACCCUGGACCACCUGGAGAAGAGGAUUGUCUGGACCGACGCACGCUCCGACGCCAUAUACUCGGCGCUGUACGACGGCACGGGCGUCAUCGAGAUCCUGCGCGGACACGAGUACCUCUCGCACCCCUUCGCCGUGUCGCUGUUUGGGGGCAGCGUGUACUGGACGGACUGGAGGACCAACACCCUGGCCCGGGCCAACAAGUGGACGGGCGCCAACGUGACGGUGAUCCAGAAGACCAGCGCGCAGCCCUUCGACCUGCAGAUCUUCCACCCCAGUCGUCAGCCCCAGGCGACCAAUCCGUGCGAGGCGAACGAGGGCCGUGGCCCCUGCUCGCACCUGUGCCUCAUCAGCUACAACCGCACGGCAUCCUGCACGUGUCCACACCUCAUGAAGCUGGCGCCUGACCAGCUGUCGUGCUUCGCGCUGAAGAAGUUCCUGCUGUACGUGCGGCGCUCUGAGAUCCGCGGCGUGGACAUGGACGACCCGUACAUGAACGUGAUGACGGCGCUGACGGUGCCGGACAUCGACGACGUGACGGUGGUGGACUACGACGCGCAGGAGGAGCGCAUCUACUGGGCCGACGUCAAGACGCAGACCAUCAAGAGGGCCUUCAUCAACGGCACGCAGCUGGAGACCGUCAUCUCGGGAGACAUAGUGAACUGCCGCGGCCUGGCGCUGGACUGGCUGUCCAGGAACUUGUACUGGCUCAGCACGGAGAACGAUGAGUCACAGAUCAAUGUGGCGCGUCUGGACGGCUCCCUGAAGACCUCCGUGGUCCACGGCAUCGAUAAGCCCCGGUGUCUGGUGGUGCACCCCGCCAAAGGGAAAAUCUAUUGGACCGACGGCAACACCAUCAACAUGGCCCACAUGGACGGCAGCAACAGCAAGGUUCUCCAUCAGAACCAGAGGGAGCCAGUGGGCCUGUCGUUCGACUACGCAGCCAGCAAGCUGUACUGGAUCAGCUCCGCCAACGGCACCAUCAACAGGUGCAACCUGGACGGCAGCGGACUGGAGGUGCUGGAGGCCGUGAAGAAGGAGCUGGCCAGGGGCACCGCUCUGGCCGUCAUGGGUGGGAAACUGUGGUGGGCGAACGAGGAGUCGGCCCAGCUGGGUACGGUGAACAAGAGGGACGGGCGGAACCUGCUGGUGCUGCGCAACAAGACCAGCGGGGUGGUGCACAUGAAGGUGUACGACCGCGAGGGUCAGAGAGGCAGGAACCCGUGCCAGGCCAACAACGGGGGAUGUUCCCAGCUCUGUUUCCCCACCUCGGAGAACUCGCGCAGCUGUUCCUGCACCCUGGGCUACAACCUCCGCACCGACCGCAUGUCCUGCGAGGGCGUGGACUCCUUCCUGAUGUACUCCAUCCACGAGGGGAUCCGCGGCAUCGCCUUGGACGCCAACGACAACACAGAGGCUCUCAUGCCCAUCACCGGCACUCUGUUUGCCGUCGGAGUGGACUUCCACGCGGGAAAUGACACGGUGUACUGGACCGACAUGGGUCUGAACAGGAUUUCCAGAGCCAAGCGUGACCAGACCUGGAGGGAGGAUAUCAUCACCACGGGGAUCAGCCGCGUGGAAGGCAUCGCCGUGGAUUGGAUCGCUGGAAACCUUUACUGGACGGACCACGGUUUCAAUCUGAUCGAGAUCUCCCGUCUCUCCGGCGCCUACCGCUCCGUGGUCAUAUCCGAGGGGCUGGAUCAGCCCAGGGCAAUCGCUGUCCAUCCUCACAAAGGGUAUCUCUUCUGGAGCGAGUGGGGGCAGAACCCCUGCAUCGGGCGUUCACGCCUGGACGGCUCCGACCAGGUCACCUUGGUCAACUCGGGCAUCACCUGGCCCAACGGCAUCUCCAUAGACUACGAGGAAAACAGAUUAUACUGGUGUGACGCCCGCACCGACAAGAUCGAGAGGAUCAACCUGGAGACGGGCGAGGGCCGGGAGAUUGUACUGUCAGCGGCCAACGUGGACCUCUUCUCUGUGGCUGUGUUCGGCCCUUACAUCUACUGGUCUGACAGAGCCCACUCCAACGGAUCCAUCCGGAGAGGCUUCAAGAACGACGCCACGGACGCAGUGACCAUGAGGAGCGGCCUGGGCGUCAACCUGAAGGACGUCACCGUCUUCAAUCGAGGCCGGGAGAAAGGAACCAACCCCUGUGCCCGGAGUAACGGCGGCUGCCAGCAGCUGUGCUUCCACCUGGGAAGCGGGCGGCGCACGUGCUCCUGCGCCCACGGCCACCUGGCCGCCGACGGUUUCGCCUGCGAGCGCUACGAGGGCUACCUGCUCUACUCCGAGAGGACCAUCCUCAAGAGCAUCCACCUGUCGGACGAGAGCGACCUGAACUCGCCCGUGCAGCCCUUCGAGAAGCCCGCCUUCUUCAAGAACGUCAUUGCAUUGGCGUUCGACUACAGCCAGAUGACGGCGGGCAGCAACCGCAUCUUCUACAGCGACAUCCACUUUGGAAACAUCCAGAUGAUCAACGACGACUGGACGGGGAGGGUGAUCAUAGCAGAAAAUGUGGGCUCUGUGGAGGGCCUGGCAUACCACCGGGCCUGGGACACACUGUACUGGACCAGCUCCACCUCCUCCACCAUCAGCAGGAAGACUGUGGACCCCAAACGGGCAGGCGCCUUCAGUCGACAGGCGGUGGUCACUCUGUCCGAGGAAGACCACCCGCACGUCCUCGCCCUGGACGAGUGUCAAAACCUGAUGUUUUGGACCAACUGGAACGAGCAGAGGCCCAGCAUCAUGAGGUCGACACUGGCUGGCAACAACUUGAGGGUCAUCGCCAGCACUGAUAUCCUGACCCCCAACGGACUCACAAUCGAUCACAAGGCAGAGAAGUUGUACUUUUCGGACGGAAGCCUGGGCCGCAUCGAGAGAUGUGACUACGACGGUUCCAACAGAUAUGUCAUCGUCAAAUCAGGGCCCGGGACCUUCUUCGGCCUGGCCAUCCACGGAGACUUCAUCUUCUGGUCGGACUGGGCCCGGCGGGCAGUGCUGCGCUCCAACAAGUUCACGGGAGGGGACACCAAGGUGCUGCGUGCGGACAUACCCCACCAACCCAUGGGGAUCAUCGCCGUGGCCAGAGACACCAACAACUGCGAGUUGUCGCCAUGCCGACACCAGAAUGGAGGCUGCGGUGACCUCUGUCUGCUGACCCCGGACGGCCGGGUUAAUUGUACAUGCCGGGGCGAGCGCGUGUUACUGGACGACAACAGAUGCGUGUCAGAGAAUUCCUCCUGCAACAUACACACAGAGUUUGAAUGCGGGAACGGCCAGUGCAUUAACUACCAGCAAACAUGUGAUGGAGUGGCCCACUGCAAAGACAAGUCGGACGAAAAGAUGCAAUACUGUGACAACCGGAGCUGCCGGAAGGGCUUCAGACCCUGCUACAACCAGCGCUGCGUAGCCAACAGCCGCUUCUGUGACGGCACGGACGAUUGCGGCGAUAACUCGGACGAGGCCUUCUGUAUCAAUGUCACGUGCAGCGCAUCGGAGUGGGCCUGCCACGACGGGAGCUGCGUCUCCGGCUCAGCCUGGUGUAACCAGGUCAUCGACUGUGCUGACGCCUCCGACGAAAAGAGCUGCAACCACACAGACUGCUCUCACUUCUACAAGCUGGGUGUGAAAGAGAGGGGCUUCAUCAGCUGCAACUCCACCUCGCUGUGCAUCCACCCGUCGUGGAUCUGCGACGGCGCCAACGACUGCGGCGAUUACACCGACGAGUCCAACUGUCAGGUGUCCCACGCGCAGCAGUGUGAGGAGGGUCACUUUGCGUGUCCCAGCGGGAACUGCAUCUCCAGCGUGUGGCUCUGCGACGGCCAGAAGGACUGCGAGGACGGGGCCGACGAGUUCCAGUGCGACUCGUCCUGCCUGUGGAACCAGUUCGCCUGCUCCAAGAACAAGUGCAUCGCCAAGCAGUGGCUGUGCGACGGCGAGAACGACUGCGAGGACGGCCUCGACGAGAGCCUGCAGAUCUGCGGCUCCGUGACGUGCGCCCCGGGGCUCUUCAGCUGCCCGGGGUCCUUCGCCUGCGUGCCCAAGCGCUGGCUCUGCGACGGCGAGAGGGACUGCCCCGACGGGAGUGACGAGCUGUCUGCGGCCGGCUGCGCGCCCAACAACACGUGCGACGACAGCUCGUUCCGCUGCCGCAACAAAGCCUGCAUCCCCCAGAGGUUUGUCUGCGAUCACGACGACGACUGUGGGGACGGGUCCGACGAGUCGGUCGAAUGUGUCUAUCGCUCCUGUGGAUCGGAGGAGUUUCGCUGCAGGGACGGACGCUGCCUCCUCAGCUCUCAGUGGGAGUGUGACGGCCACGCCGACUGUCCCGACCGCUCCGACGAGCUGCCGCUGAACCUCAAGUGUCUGGCCGCAGGGAGUCUGUGCAACGGCUCCUUCUUCAUGUGCUCCAACGGCCGCUGCAUCUCUCAGGCCAGCCUGUGCGACGGGCGCUCGGACUGCGGCGACGGCUCCGACGAGAGGAACUGCAACGUCAACGAGUGCCUGAACCGCCGUGUCAGCGGCUGUACGCAGGACUGCCAGGACCUGCCCGUGGGGUACAAGUGCAAGUGCUGGCCAGGCUUUCGGCUGAAGGACGACGGGAAGACGUGCGUGGACGUGGACGAAUGCUCCUCCAUCCUUCCCUGCAGCCAGCGAUGCAUCAACACCUACGGCUCCUACAAGUGCCUGUGUGUGGACGGCUACGAAGCGUUGGAACGCAGCCCCAACGUCUGCAAGGCUCUGUCAGCCGAAGAGCCUUUCCUCAUCAUGGCAGACCACCACGAGAUCAGGAAGCUGAGUGUGGAUGGCUCCAAUUACACCAUAUUGAAACAGGGUCUGAACAACAUCAUCCACAUAGACUUCGACUACAGGAAGGAGUUCAUCUACUGGGUGGACUCGACCCGGCCCAGCGGACGAAAGAUCAACCGGAUGCGUCUCAACGGGAGCGACCUCAAGGUCGUCCACAAAACGGCAGUUCCCAGUGCCUUGGCGGUGGACUGGAUCGGGAAGAACCUGUACUGGUGCGACGUGGAGAGGAAGACCAUGGAGGUGUCCAAGGCCAACGGCCUCUACCCCACCGUCCUGAUCAGCUCCGGACUCAAGAACCCCACCGACCUGGUCCUCGACCCCCAGACCGGGUACGUGUUCUGGGUGGACUGCUGCGAGGCGCCGCACAUCGGGCGUAUCGGCAUGGACGGCAGCGGCCAGGUGGUCAUCAUCGACACGGAGAUCUAUAGCCCCAUGGCUCUCACCAUCGAUUACACCACUAAGCGGCUGUACUGGGCCGAUGACAAUCACAUCCUGUUUGCCAACAUGGACGGCACCCAGAGACGUAAAGUGUCGUACGAUCACAUCCAAGGGGUGAUGGCCCUGACCCUGUUUGAGGAUUUCGUGUACUGGACGGAUGGGAAAUCCAAGUCACUGCGACGGGCCCACAAGACAAGCGGCGCCCAGGCCAUUGAACUCCUCAACUCAUGGCAAGCGAUCAAAUCCAUCAAAGUCUACCAUUCCCUGCGUCAGCCCGAAGUCCCCAAGCAUCAGUGUCAGGUUGCCAAUGGAGGGUGCAGCCACCUGUGCCUCCUCUCCCCCGGCGGGGAACACAAGUGUGCCUGUCCCACUAAUUUCUACCUGGCGGCGGACAAUAAGACCUGCCUGUCCAACUGCACCUCCAGUCAGUUCCGCUGCGGGACUGACGAGUGCAUCCCGUUCUGGUGGAAGUGUGACACGGUGGACGACUGCGGCGAUGGCUCGGAUGAACCAGCUGACUGCCCGGAAUUCAAAUGUCAACCGGGGCGCUUCCAGUGCGGCACGGGUCUCUGUGCGCUCCCUCCCUUCAUCUGCGAUGGAGAGAACGACUGCGGAGACAACUCGGAUGAAGCAAACUGUGAGACGUACAUCUGCCUCUCAGGCCAGUUCAAGUGCAACAAGAAGCAGAAGUGCAUCCCUCUGAACCUGCGCUGCAACGGUCAGGACGACUGCGGCGACGCGGAAGACGAGACGGACUGUCCGGAGAGCACCUGUUCCCCGGAUCAGUUCCAGUGCAAGGCGUCCAUGCACUGCAUCUCCAGGCUGUGGGUGUGCGAUGAGGACCCCGACUGUGCCGACGGCUCCGACGAGGCUAAUUGCGAUGAGAAGACCUGUGGCCCCCACGAGUUCCGCUGCGAGAACAACAACUGCAUCCCGGACCACUGGCGCUGUGACAGCCAGAACGACUGCGGAGACAACUCGGACGAGCAGAACUGCAAGCCAGUCACUUGUAAUCACAAAGACUUUCCGUGUUCCAAUGGAGACUGCAUCUCCUCGCGUUUCCGAUGCGACGGGGACUACGACUGUGCGGAUAACUCGGAUGAGAAGGACUGCGAAGCGCGCUGUGCGGAUGAUCAGUUCCGCUGCCACAACAACCUGUGCAUCUCACUCAAGUGGCUCUGUGACGGACAGGAGGACUGCAAGACUGGGGAGGACGAGAGGAACUGCCAGGAAACAGCAGUCCCCUCCUGCUCCCUCAACGAGUACGUGUGUGCCAGUGGGGGGUGUGUGUCGGCCAGCCUGCGCUGUGAUGGACAUGACAACUGUCUAGACGGCUCAGAUGAGAUCGGCUGUGUGAAGGAGUGCAGAGAGGACGAGUUUCUGUGUCUUAACCGCGCCCACUGCAUCCCGCGGCGCUGGCACUGCGACGACGUGUUCGACUGCGUGGACCACAGUGACGAGGAGAGCUGCAGUCAGGGUUCCUUCUUCUGCCGCACUGAUGAAUUUGUCUGCAACAACACCUUAUGCAAACUGCACGCGUGGGUGUGCGACGGCAAGGACGACUGUGGAGACAACUCGGAUGAGGACCAAGACAUGUGUGCCAAACACGCGUGCCCUCCCACCAGGGCGUUCCGUUGCCGCAACGACCGCGUGUGCCUGCGCACGGACCAGGUGUGCAACAAGGUGGACGACUGCGGAGACAACUCGGACGAGGAGGAGUGUGCAGAGGCGGUGACCGGCAGACCGCGGCCGUGCGGCAAGACGGAGUUCACCUGCGGCGACCAGCGCUGCAUCCCCGCCCAGCUGCAGUGCGACCUCUUCAACGAUUGCGGUGGAGAAAAGAGCUUGGAUGAGCAGGAAUGCAAAGGCCUUUCCAACGGGGACGUAUGUGGGAAGAAAACAAACCCCUGCGGGGAGGAUGCAAUCUGUAAUCAAACAAAUGCUAAUGGCGUUUGCCAUUGUAAAGCAGGCUUCAAGAGAGACCAAACAACCAGCCAGUGCCAAGAAAUCAAUGAGUGUCUCAAGUUUGAUGCAUGUGCACACUAUUGCACUAAUACUAAAGGAUCUUUUAAAUGCACAUGCGAUCGGAACUAUAAAGAGGUCAAUGGCAAUUGUAUAGCAAAAGGACCAGAGGAUCGAGUGCUCUACAUUGCUAAUGACACUGAAAUCCGAAGUUUUGUGUAUCCAUUUAACCAGAGCCAUGGACACAAAGUACUCACUCGCAUCGAGGACAAUGCACGCAUUAUUGGAAUGGAUGCACUGGUUCACCACCAAAAGUUUAUCUGGGCUACACAGUUUAACCCUGGUGGACUUUUUUACAAAGAAACCCUAGACAGAAGUCAAACUAAAUCUAAUGUCAAAAACAUUUGCUCAGACUUUCGCCGGCCAAGGGAUGUGUCUGCCGACUGGAUCACGGGCAAUAUCUAUUGGACGGAUCACUCGCGAAUGCACUGGUUCAGCUAUUACACGGCCCACUGGACCAAGCUGCGCUACUCCAUAAACGUGGGGCAGCUCAAGGGACCCAAUUGCACCCGGCUGGUGACCGACAUCGCUGGAGAGCCCUAUGCCAUCGUGGUCAACCCGGCCCGAGGGAUGAUGUACUGGAGCGUGAUAGGAGACCACUCCCAUAUAGAAGAGUCCGCCAUGGACGGCUCUCUACGCCGGAUACUGCUGGAGAAGAACCUGAGGAGACCGACCGGACUGGCUAUUGAUUAUUUCAAUCAGCGUUUGUAUUGGGCCGACCCCGAGCUCUCGCAGAUCGGCAGUAUUAGAUUGGAUGGCUCUGACCCUCUGGUGACAAUCAGCGAGAGACACGGCGUCUCCCAGCCCUACCGGAUCAAUAUAUUUGAGGACUACAUCUACGGCACAGGGCUGAAACACGACACCUUCAGGAUCCACAAGUUCGGCCACCUGCCGGUGGAAUUCCUCCACCUGGGUGUGGAGAAGCCCACCAACGUGUUGGUCUCCCACCGCUACAAGCAGCAAGACGCGACCAAUCCAUGUCUGCGAAUGAGUUGUGAUUUCAUGUGUCUGCUGAACCCGUCGGGAGCCAAGUGUACCUGCCCAGAGGGGAAAGUGCUGGUUAAUGGCACCUGUAGUAAUGUCAAUAUGUCAGGGGAGCUGUGCCGGCCUCCUUGCGAGAACGGAGGACGUUGCCUGGCCAAUGAGAAGGGAGACUGGAGGUGCUACUGCUGGCCUGAGUUCUCAGGGGAACGCUGCGAGGUUAACCAUUGCACAGACUACUGCCUAAACGGAGGCACCUGCAUGGGCUCCCCACUGGGCAAGCCGACCUGUCGCUGCCCCACCGGUUUCUCGGGGCCGUUCUGCGAGAGAAAGGUGUGCGACAAUUACUGUUUGAACGGGGGCACCUGCGACGUGAGCCAAGGUAACCAGCCAGUGUGCCGGUGCAUGGCGGAAUACACCGGAGACAGAUGCCUUUACCACAUCUGCCACCAUUACUGCGUGAACUCCAAGGCGUGCACGCUGUCCAGCAGUGGAUACGUGGAGUGCGUCUGUCCGGCCAGGUUCGAGGGCAACAAGUGUGAGGUGGACAAGUGUCUGCGAUGCCACGGGGCGCCGUGUCUCAUCACCGAAGACACCGGGGACGUGGUGUGCAAUUGCACCAACGGCCGGAUAGCAGCGAGCUGUCAGCUGUGUGACGGCUACUGCUACAACGGCGGCACCUGUCACCUGGACCCCGACACCAACCUACCCUUCUGCCAGUGCUCGGUCAACUGGGCAGGAACCCAGUGCGAGCGACCCGCCCCCAAGAGCAGCAGAUCAGACAACACCACUGGAGGGAGCAUAGCCAUCAUUGUACCACUGGUGCUGCUGGUCAUCCUGAUCGUGACAGUGGUGGCCGGAGUUUUCAUCUGCAAACGCAGGCAGAGGGGGAAGCGUGUGCAGCGGCAGCCCAUGACCAACGGCGGCAUCAACGUGGAGAUCGGCAACCCCUCCUACAACAUGUACGAGGUGGACCACGACAACCACGCAGACGCCGGCAGCCUGCUCAGACCCAACUUCACACUGGACCCGCACAAGGGCUGGUGUGUAAAAUCCAGUGACCCUCGUGCCUUGGGCAUCCACACUGUGCCCAAGGAGGUUAUUCCUGGACAGCCCAUGAAUUACUCCAACCCAGUAUAUGCAAAGAUAUACCUGGACGGACAGAACUGUAGGAAGCCAGUCAUCAACAUCGACGAGAGGAGAGAGCUACUCCCAAAGAAACUAGAGGGGACGAUUCGUGAAACCGCCGCAUAGCCUGACUUUAACCUUUCUACUCCUUUUUUACCGCUGUGUACAAAAUGUAUAAAAUGAAGAGAGGAAACAAAACAAGAAUUUUCUAUUUCCUAUCGGGCUCUUUCUGUUUCUUUUAAGCAUUUAGCAGCUCUUAUUUUUUAGCAUCCAGCAUAGUCUUAUUUGUGGGCUAAAAGGUUUCAAACUUCAAUUUUGUUUGAUUCAGUUAUUUUUCGGUUUUUGGUUAAUUUUUCUCAUUUGCUUUUUAAUGUGUGUCGAAAUAUAUGUCACCGCACAUACCGCGACUAUACAGUAUUGCGGUGACGUAAAACGCUGCUGACUAGCUCAACAUUUAUUAACACCAGAACUCACAUGUGCGCACAGUUGAAAACUUUAAAGAAACAGUGCUUAUAUUUGUACCAAUAUCCGUAUGUCUCUCGUUGGCGUGGAGUGAGCCUAUUCAGACCGAGGGUAACGAACCAAGGUGGAUGACCAUUUUUGUAAAGAGUAGUCCCAUGGAUAGUUUAUAUACUAUAGAGUAUUUUAAAGGGGAAGGGGUCUAAAAAACCUGUUUCAAUAUGGGUCUUUCUGUAUGUGAUGUUAUGUAAGUGAGAAAUCACUUGAAAAAACGACCACUACUAAAAAUUAGCCAAUUGCAAUCAGUGCCAGCAGUGAUGUCACAACCGUGGUCUUUUUUAACUGGAUGAUAUGCAUCCUGGGAUCCCCCUCACAGAGACUCUCUAUAAUUGGAAGAGCCACUGACUUGUUGGUAUGUAGAAUGAGCCCUGGAAGAUAUAAGUAUUUCCAAAAAUUUGCAAAAUUCAAGCCGUGGCAAUGAUAUAAAAAUUGAUAUCUGUAGUAAUGAAGCGGUCACUCUUGCUUUUUCAACCUAAAGUUUGGACCAUUCGACUUAACGGCUUAAUCCUU